ACGGCUGGGCGCGUAGCGCGCAGGCGCUCUCUCUCCCCUCCCCUGCACGUGACGAAGCACCAGGGCCCAUCACGUGAGGCAGGCGGAGAGCGGGCGGGGCCGGGUUCGGCGGCGUUCGGCGAGAACCAAAGUGAGACUGCAGACUGGGCGGGACUCAACAGGGUGGAACAGCCAUGCCCAAGUACUGCCGGGCUCCGAACUGCUCCAACACUGCGGGCCGACUGGGCGCUGACAACCUCCCUGUGAGCUUCUACAGAUGGUGGUGUCCCCCACUCUCUAUCACCCCUGAGUCUGCCCUUUUGACAAAGAGAGAGAGGGCCUCGGAGCCCGCAGCAGAUGAAGGUAUCCAGCUAUAUUUCUGGUCAACUUCUGUUCAUGGAAUUGAUACUGGUCUUCCAUUUUCAGUUGUGGGUCAUGAGAUCAGGGAUUGGCUGCGGCACAUGGGCCAUGAGGACUGGGUGCCCAGCUGCCACCAGCACCUGUGCAGUGAGCACUUCCCACCGUCCUGCGUCCAGUGGAGCUGGGGUGUGCGCUACCUGUGGGCUGAUGCAGUGCUGUCCAUUUUCUCCCUGGCGCCCCCUGCUAAGAGGCAGCAGAGUUCCCGAAGCACUGAGAAGGCAGGCGUGCCUCCCUCCCCACCGGAGGCCGCGCCCCUAUCCCCAGGACCAGCUGUGGGCCCCUGGGCCCCCGUGCACAUCGUGGUACUGGGGUCAGCAUCCGGAGGCCCUGAGGCCACGACCGCCGUGUUCCUGACCCCCCCCUGCCCCCUGCUCCUGCCGGGCCCACAGCCUGGAGUCCAGGCCCAGCAACCCCUGGCCAGGCUGGGCACAGUACUGGGAGCGCUGCAGCGGCGGGUGCGGAGACUGCAGGGGCGCCAGGAGCAGCCCCAGGGGCAGCUGUGGGCUAUAGAGCAGCUGGGGCAGCAGGUGUGCAAGGAGGGCCUGCCACCCAGGGGCACCGGGGCAUGCUGUGCCUGGAGACAGACAGAGUAUCUGUCUCUCCAUGGCCCCCACAUUUUCCUCUGUCCCCAUACUUCUUUAUUCCCCGCACGAAUGUCUCUCUGGCCUCACAUCUCUUCUCGUCUCCCCACAAAUCUCUCUGCCCACAUCUCUGUGUUCCCUGGUAUCCCCCCCCCCCACCUUGGCCUCCCUGUUCAUCAUUUCUCCCGCCGUCCUCUCUGCCCUUUCUCCUGCCCUCCCCUCUUUCCCCUAUGUUCUCCAUCUCUAUCACUUCUUUGUCUGGGACUGCCCGGCUCCCUGGACCGGAGGAAUCCCAUCAUCUGUGGAGGGCCUGACAUAGCUGUGGUCAUUGCCCAGAGUCCUGCACCUCCCACACUGGAUGCCAAGCCUGAGCUCCUGGACACUGAGACCCCCAGUGCGUAAGGACCAGGGCAGAUAAUGUUGUGGGACAGAUGACGGAAAAUGAAGAGGGGCGC